CAGACAAUUACAGACUUUAUUGCUUACAGCUGUAUACAGGGUCGAAGUUUCGUUUUCAGGCGAAAAAAUCAGAAAUAUUUUCAUCCUACUUUUUGGAUUACUUUUUUGUAUUUUUUAAAAAUUAAUCAGUAUUAUAAGGACUGUUGAAGUAUAUUACAGUCGAAUAUUCGUAUUUCUGAUCAAUGGACAACAUUUAACAAUUGUUUUUAAAUCCAAACGGAAACGUGUUGGUAAAAUGUGCAUGUGGUUUUAACCGGAGACUGGAGAACGUCUUUGUUUAUUUGUUUUAAGUUUUUAAAAACAGGCUCGCUCACACAAUGGCGGAUGGAGCUGUCUUUGGAUCGGGUCUAAACUCAAGUUGUCUGACCUCGCGAGUAAAGAAAGUCAACAACAAUAGUAUGCCAAUACCAGCGAACAUGCGAAGAAAGACUCGACAGAGUAACAGGAGGGACAUUCAUAACCGGGUUGUCUUGGAGAAAGUUUUAGGAAUCACUGCUUCAAACAGUAGCGCUUUAACCUGUGACCCCAACUCUGGUUUAGUGGCAUAUCCUGCAGGUUGUGUCAUUGUUAUCCUGAACCCCAAGAAAAACAAGCAGACUCACAUAUUCAAUGCAUCCAGGAAAACAUUCAGUGCAUUGGCUUUCUCGCAGAAUGGAAAAUAUUUGGUCACUGGUGAGAGCGGGCACAUGCCCUGUGUUCGGGUUUGGGACGUGGCAGAGCGGACACAGGUUGCAGAGGUCCAGUGCCAUAAGUAUGGUGUGGCAUGUGUAUCUUUCUCCCCCAGCGGAAGCUAUAUUGUGUCUGUGGGAUACCAACAUGACAGGACCGUCAGCGUCUGGGAGUGGAAGAAAGGAACUGUUAUUGCAUCCAAUAAGGUGUCCAGUCGAGUGGUUGCAGUCUCAUUCUCUGAGGACAAUAGCUACUUUGUAACUGCAGGGAGCAGACAUGUCAGGUUCUGGUACCUUGAUGCCUCAAAGGAGAGAAGGGUGAACAGCACAGUACCUUUGAUUGGUCGCUCGGGGUUGCUAGGGGAACAUCAGAACAGUCAGUUCUGCGGUUUGUCUUGUGGCCGUGGCUCAAUGGCCAGCAGCACAUACUGCAUCACACAAACCGGUCUGCUGUGUCAGUUCAACAGCAACAGACAGCUAGAUUCCUGGGUUGAUCUAAAGAUGACAUCAGCUCAGUGCUUGUCGGUGAGCGAGACGUUUAUUUUUUGUGGAUGUGCAGAUGGUACGGUUCGUGUGUUCAGCCCACAAGAUCUGCGUUACAUCACCACUCUACACCGGCCCCACUGUUUAGGUGUGGAUGUGUCACAGGGAACUCAGCCGGGGCAUUUGUUUGGUGCACACCCAGAAGCUCAGUAUCCGGAUACCCUGGCUUUAGCAUUUGACCCUGUGACCAAGUACUUGACGUGUGUGUAUAAUGACCACAGUGUGUAUGUAUGGGAUGUGCAGGACGUUCAAAACAUCGGAAAGGUUUACUCUGCUCUGUACCACAGUGGGUGUGUCUGGAGUGUGGAGACCUACCCUGAGCCAGAGGACUCGUCAGUGGCGUGUUUAUCUCCUGGUUCUUUCCUCACCUGUUCUUCAGAUAACACCAUUCGCCUGUGGAAUAGUGAGUCUCAGAAGAGUCACAGCCUUCGCCACAACCUUUACAGUCAGGACCUCGUGAGGAUUGUGUAUGUGGAUGAAGACACACAGUUCCUCAAAGCUGAGGCUGAAAAAGCAGAGGGUGGCAGCCAGGAUGGGAAAUCUGGGAUCAGAGUGUUGGGCAUCAGUCCAGAUGGGCAACAUCUGGCUGCUGGAGACCGCAGUGGAAACCUGAGAAUCUUUGGUUUGCAGUUCUUGGAUGAGCUUCUGAAAAUUGAGGCCCAUGAUUCGGAGGUCUUUUGUCUUGCCUUCUCCCCUAAUGAGACUGUCUUGCAUCUCUUGGCCUCAGCGAGUCGUGAUCGGCUCAUUCAUAUCUUUGACAUGGAGAGGAACUACAACUUGGUACAGACAGUUUACGACCAUUCAGCCUCCAUCACCGCUAUCAAGUUCACAGGGACGAGUUCAGAGGUUUGUAUGGUCAGCUGUGGUGCCGACAAGAGCAUCUACUUUCGAUCUGCAGAGAAGACCUCGGAGGGAUUGAACUUCUCACGAUCCCAUCAUAUAGUGGAGAAGACGACUCUGUAUGAUAUGGACCUGGAUGCCACACGCACACACACUGCCAUCGCAUGCCAGGAUCGUAACAUUAGAGUGUACAAUGUGAGAAGUGGCAAGAUGAAGAAAUGUUUCAAGGGCUCCCUCAAUGAUGACGGUACACUGCUCAAGGUCCAGUUGGAUCCCUCUGGGAUGUUUCUUGCCACCAGUUGUUCUGACAAAAAUAUCUGUAUCUUUGACUAUGAGUCAGGAGAAUGUGUGGCCACUUUAUUUGGACAUUCAGAAAUAGUUACUGGUAUGAAGUUCAGUCAGGACUGCAGGCAUCUUAUCACUGUAUCUGGUGACAGCUGUGUUUUUGUGUGGCGGCUGGACUCUCAGAUGACCAACUCUAUGAGGAAGAAGCUGGCAGAGAAGAAGCAGAAAGCAGGUCUGAGGGUUCAAAGGGCCCCCAGCAAACAGCAAGCCAUAAGGAGAGAGACGUACAUCGCUGCGCCCUGUAGUGUGCUGCCUCACAUGGAUGAGGAAGAGCACCACCUGAUACCUGAAGAGACUAAAGAUGUUGGGGAGGAUUGCAGAACUCCAGACAGACUCGACUCCACUGAUGACUCUCUGGAUGCUGUGGUGCUCCAAACCAAUGGCAAGAUGCCCAUGUGGGUCCGCAGACUGGGUGGAGGAUGCCAAAAUGAUGGAGGUGGCAGAGCUCAGUACCAGCCGCAGGGGCGCUGGGCAGUGCAGUCUGACCCAUUAGCCAUCCGUACAGUCUUGGAGAUGAAGAGCAUGCAGCUGCCCCUCUCUCACACCCCCAGCAGAGAUAUGGACGACGAAGAGUUUGAGGAAGACUCUCGCUUCCACCCGCAGAGUUUGGACAGCCUGCUGGUUGAAGACGUCGAUGAUGAUGAUGAUGAUCUAGAGGAGGAUAAGAUUUGCAGUGCCUCCAGAGAUGGGUUUAGCUCUUCGCUCCAAGGAGCAGAUUUUCUGCAACUCCCACAGGGAGAGGAGAAUUUCGGUCCUGAACUCAGCUCACCAGAGAAGACUGGCUACAUUUUGUACCCUGCAAACAGUACUGCCCUGUCCACUGGAGAAGGAGAGUUCGACGUUAAAGCUUUGUGUGAGGAGGCAGCUGGCGACCCUGAGGAAGAGGAGCUAAGCCCAGACAGCGCUUGUUCAGCCGAGAGCCCAGCCUCUCAUAGCGAUCAGCCUCAUGACCAGGACACAGACUCACUGAGUCAGGUGAGCUCAACAGGAAGCUCAGGUGUUGAAGAGGAUGAAGAAGAAUCUGGAACGCUGCUUCGCCAACACUUCGACACUCUGGGUGUGGCCACUAAUGAAAAGUUCAUCAAUGACCUGAGCAGCCUGCAGCCCAAUACAGAGUGUAAUUUCCUCAAUCCACGUCUUAGUAUCUCCACACGCUUCCUCUCGCGAUUUCAGAGCCGCUUCCGCACUACAGGGACUGGUAGCAGUGUUGUUUGCCGGCCUGCAGCCUGCCUUCCCAGUAUACCAGAUGAAUCUAGUGAUAGCAGUCAAAUCCUGGACAGCAUGAUGGAUAAAUCCAAGCUUCUUCCAAAUAAUGGCGACACCAAUGAAAGCAUUAAGGAAGAGAACAAGAGCGUUAACAAGAAACGUUCCUCAAUGCCUGGUCGGAAAUCUUGCAACAGCUUAACUAUGUUACGCUGGAAAAACGCUUUGGGAGAAAUCACAAACAAGACCCUUCAAUCUAAAGGCUCUAAUGCUGUCAGCACUACAAGCACCCUCACCACCAGAUCAGUCAGCAACUCAAGUGAUGCAUCUGUUGCACGUUCCCGCCAAAGCUACAUGGGCCCCACCGCCAGCUCACGUGCCAAGAUGUCACGAAGCAACUCUAUGGAGAAUUUAAAUGUGUGUGCUCCCGAGGAGACCCAUCUUGUGAAAGAGACUGAUCAAGACACCCAAUCCUCAACUCUGGAGCCCAGUGUAGAGCAAUGUAAAGAGAAUAUGCCCCCAAAUUCAUCCAGCGCUCUUUCUUCGGGACAGUCCCAUCCAACGCCAUCGUUCUGUCCUGCCCUGGGUAACCACAGUGCCCGGGCAGCUCUUCGAUUGGAUCUCAUUAGCCCCGAUCAUGCCAGACUUUCACCUGUGUCACUCAAGAGUCAUCUUGGAAAAGUUGAACGUGCCGAGUCGCCCCGUCGCCAGGCUUUGGUGACGCCCACAGAAAUGCGAUCACUGGGGAAAGAGUGCCGGAAGCAGAUCAGUACUAUUGAGCAGAGUUUGACUCCUAAGACCACGAGCAGGUUCUCAUCUGGAUGUGAAAUGUUUGCUGGGAACCAAAGUGUGCCAGAAUCCAUUCAAACCACAGUUGAAGGCAACCAGUUUUCAGGGCCACGUGAAAAUGCACCGUCUUCAGGUCAGACUGCAAUGACCGACUCUGUAACUCUGGACCGAAAGAAUUCUACAGAAAUGGACUCCACACAAGAUGUUACAGGUUUGUCUGCAGAGACAUUGAGCAUCCAGAUGUGUAAGGAGAUGGUGAAUGAACUGUGGCACACAAUCCAUAAAGCAACUAGCUUUUAUAGCAAGCUGUGCUCCAUCCCGGAGUUGUCCGAGCAGCAGGAGCAGAUGAAGAGCAUUUUGCAGGAUACGUUUGUGGGCGUACAGAGUGAUUUAAACGUCCUCUGUCCUCAGACUUGCCCCUCCACCCAGAGUGCCCGGCCCGUCCCAGAGGACUCGCCUGGCCGCCAGCUGAGGGAUGACCGGACCGUGGCCCUUCUGGAAAAAUACUCGGAGAUGCUCUUGCUGCGGAUGACGGAAAAAGGAGCAGAGGCUGCACUUGAGUGACCGCUCAUUGGAUCUUGUUUGGUUUUAAACCAUCCUAAUUGUACAGCUAUUGCGUUGUCACAAUUGUAUCGGCCAAAAUUAACUUUUAAAGGCAUAGAUGCACCUUUUAAACCUUAAUGUCUUACAUUGGUGUUAAGUUUUUUGCUAAUAAUAAAUAUGCAAAUGCAUAUUUGGAUUAUUGGACAUUUAUUUGGACAUUUGUAAACCGGUCUGGCUAAUUGUUUGUUGUUUGUCUUUAACUUUUUUUUUUAUACGAUCAGGGUUUUUCCUUUUUUCUGUCUUUGUACACUACAUUUCAAUACUUGAGUGUAUUUGGUUACAUACACUUAGAAGAUUUUAAAAACCGUAUCAAGGCAAACUCUUCAGGACAUCGUUUCCCCCUCUAAAUUAUCUUUCAUUUCUGUGAUAUUUCAUGUACACUUUUGAAACAGUAUUACUUUUGGAAUAUGAAAAGUUCAAUUAUAUAUGUGUAAUGAGUUUUGUGUUCAAAGUUGAGCUUUUUUAGUUUUACAUCAUUUCACAACCACGCAGACCACGAGGUGUUGCAUUGUCAUGUUGACUGUUCCUCAAAAUAGCGAUGUAUAGACAUUUUUGCAAGUGUCAGGCUGUGACUCACUAUUUGCAAGCCACUGGUGUGCUAUUUAUGCUAUGUUGUGCGUUUUUUUUUUCUCUCCCCACUUGAAAAUGUAUAGUUUUUAGGAAGACUGUGUAAAUGUUUUAAUCUGCUAUUUGCUUUUGCAUUUUAAUAUUAAACAUUAAAAUAUUAUUUCUUUUGAUUUUGUAAUACAAUCAAGAAAAGGUUCACAAUUUCACUUUUUUUUGUUUUGGACAGUAAGUGGAAAUUCUGAAUUCAUUUCACAACUUUUAAGUUACUACAAUAUGGCAUGAGGGUGAGUUUUAGAGAGAGAGAAUUAUUCCUGUAAUUGGCUACAAUUUCAUGUUAUGCUUCCACUAGACUUGCAAACUAUUCAGGUGGGAUAUCUAACACAUAGUUGCAUGUAAUGUACUGUACGCAUCAUGGACGUUGGAAUUUAAUGUAUUAACCAAUAUUUUUCUUAACUAGACUAAUUGACAUUUAGCCCUCGCACAUAUGCGAAUGAGAAACUGUCACUGAACAGACAGUGAACCACAGUUUUAGUGGUAAACACGUCAGUUAUGCACAAAUGCACGAGUUGUCAUUGCCGAAUAGCGAUAAAUGAGAAACCCAGAUUUAGGAGAGUGUUCGCGUUUUUUUGCAGCUGUAGGCCCUAAUGGGGCCGUUCACACCGAACGAGCAAAAAAGCUAGACAGCAACGAACGCAGGUGUCUCAAGUUUAACAGUUCAUAUAGAUUUGACUGCACUGGGUGGCAAGUGACACUAGCAAAUAACUUUCCUAAGCACACAAGUUAUCCGCCUGCAAGGGACGCUUCGCGCCUCAGGAAGCGGAAUCCCACUUGAGGUGCGUUCAAAUCCAAGACGCUUUUUUUGUCUAAUUGAAAAUAAAUGUAUAGUAAAAGUAUAAUUUAAGUGAAUUAAUUUAAAGGAUUGUUUUGUGACAUACAAAUCGAAUUGUGUCUAUAAAAUAAUUAAAAAUUAUCCGUAAAGAGUAACCAUAAUCGACUAUGAUAUGUCUAUUCUGACCAGCGCUGAGAAACGUUAGUUACCACGUGAAAGCAAGGUAGGCUAUGCUGCGGUGGUCUGCACAAUUAUUUCAAAAUUAAUAAUGCUACUUUAAGUAUUAUUACUCUUAAGAAACUUUAAUAUGUACUGAGAUGAAAAUUGAACAUUAGAACUUAUAAAAAUAGUUGUAUUAUUUCUAAUCCAAUCGCAGACAACGUCCGGGUCUAGCCAAUCCACGCCCAUUUUAAAUUCAGUUUUUUUCAUGCAAUAGCCCUUUCCACUCAUUUAAUAUCUUUGUUUGAGAUUUUAUCACAGAUUUGUCAUGUUUACUCAUCAGCUGCAGCAGCAGGCGUGUCUUUCCAUGUGUUAACAGCCACUGAAGUAUGGAAAGCCAUUCAGUUAAAUAAUAUGUGACUUCUUACACAUAGACAACACGUUGACAACACGACGUGUCGUGUCUCAGCAUGCACAGCUGCACCACAACUCACUUUGUGCUGCUUUCCUGUGCACUUCAUUGUGAAAUAAUGCUUCUCAACAACUUCUCUGGGUGAUGUAAUGUGUAAUAAUGAAGGCCUCUUUUAAACUUCUUUUGUUGGGUAGCUGCAGCUGCUCAUUGUUCUAAAGAUGUUCUAAAGGAAUGUGUUUCUUGUCUCUACUCUCACGUUUCACAUGUAGCUCAAACAUGUAUGUCACCCCCAUAUAAGGUAAAUAACUUUUUCACUGGUGGGGGUCCAGUGGAAUGUGGUUUUUGUGGACCAUAUAACAGAAUGCUGAACAAUAAACUUGGAAGAAGGAUUUG